CUAUAAUUAGGGAUAGAGAUCGAAUCGAUUACAUAGUUCAAAAGAUGUCACAGGAAGAGAUUGCAAGCGCUAUCGAGGUUAUCCCGAAUAAGCUAUUCUUUAUGGGAGUGACGCGUCUCCCGAGAGAUACGGAGGAUGCUCACUUCUUUUGCACGGAUGAAGUGUUUAGAUACUAUAACUACUUCCUGGAUUUUGGCCCACUUAGUAUUUGCCAAAUCUACAGCUUUUGUACUGUUGUUGAUUUAAAAAUGAAGAGCCGUAAGUUCGCAAACAAGAGGCUCUAUUACUAUUCUCGUCAGGACCCCAAAUUUAAGGUUAACAGUAUAUUACUUCUCAGUUGUUAUUUGCUAAUUAAACAAGGUUAUUCUUGCGAUGACAUAGAACAGCUUUUCAGGGAGCAAACCCUUCCCUGCUUUCACGACGCCAGCCCUUACGAAUGUGAUUUUGAGCUCACUUGGCAACAUUGCCUCGAAGGGCUGUCGAUCGCGAUCUCCAAGCACAUCUUUGAGUGGAGCCUCUUCGAUUCCUCCCAAUACGAAUUCUUCGAUCGCGUGGAGAACGGUGACAUGAACUGGAUCAUCAUCAACCGUCUCCUCGCGUUCUCCGGUCCGCACGACAUCCCCGAGGUGAUUAACGACGUGCGCACCUUCACUCCGGAGGACUAUCUCCCUCUCUUCGCGCAGCUAGGCGUGGGAGUGGUGGUUCGCCUCAACAAACCCGCCUACGACAAAACCCGCUUUUCCUCGCGGGGCAUCGCCUUCUUCGACCUCUACUUCCCCGACGGCGGUCUCCCGCAAUUCAACCAGAUGCUGAAGUUCAUCGCGAUUCUGAAGACCCACGACUGCGGCGUGGCCGUGCAUUGCAAAGCAGGCCUCGGCCGCACCGGCACGCUCAUCUGCGCCUAUCUGAUCUACGAGUACGGGAUGACCGCCGAGCAGGCGAUCGGGUAUUGCCGGAUCUGCCGUCCGGGCAGCGUGGUGGGCUGCCAGCAGCAUUUUCUGAAGCGAGUCGAAGCCAAGCUGCGCGCUUGUACCGACCAGGACGUCUUCGCUUCCCUCACCGCCAAGAAGCACCCGCUCUACUCCGAUCGACCGCUUCGCCGAAUUCCACGAGUUGACAGUUUCUUCGCCAGCUCCUCGUCCUCGGUGUCGCCCUCGGUGUCACCCUCGGUGUCGCCCUCGGUGUCGCGGUCGGCGUCGCCGAUGCUCCGAGAUCAGGGAUCGUCGCUGUACAAUCGGAAAGUGGCGAAUACGACGGAAGGGGGCAAACGAAGCGCCGAUUUGACCGGUCAAAAAGACAAGCAAGACGAAGACGAAGACGAAGAUAACAAAGACAAAAACAAGCACGGACUUCGGGAACAAGGGAUUCGACGAGACCGAACGACUAUGGAUUCCAAGGAUUCUGCGGACUCCACAGAUUCCGUUGAUUUGAUUGGAUCGGAUGAGUGGAAACGGGGAAACCGGGAGGCCAUGAAGGGGACUGGUGUGAACUCCUGCGAAGAAAGUACCGAUCGUGUGGAUUGUACCCGUGAUAAUGGAGUGGAAAAGUGUGUGGUCGAAGAGAGAGAGGAAACGAAGGAGGAAGAAACAUGUCGAGAUCCCAUUCCAGAUGUAAGUGCCGAGGAGACGGGUCAGGACAAUGAAAUCUCGGAAUCCAAUGUGACUGAGUCGUUUGAUUCCACGCUUCGCAUAUUCUUGGUCUCCUUGUUGAUCUCGCUACUUUACUUCACUCUUCCACUGCAUUCGUUUAUUAUAUUGCUUUUAGCUGUUUUUUUGUUUCUCCUUUAUGGAAAGCAAGCAGAAAAGAUGCUUUCUUGAUCUAGAGGA